CCUCAGUAUUGCCUGCAGCACAUACUGAAAAUAUGGGCAGGCGAGUCGAGGUUCGCCCCCUCCCUCAUAUCUCCCUGACCGCCGUGAUGGGCGCCGCGAAAAGGAGCCGGUGAUGGGCGCCGCGUCCUGGAGAUUUUAAGAUCUCGGGCAAACGCGCGGGCACCAAGUACGGUGGCCGAGGAGGAUCUUCGCCAAGAUGGCGGCCGCCAUAGCUGUGGUGGCUCAAAGAGCCUGCAGCGCCGGAGCCCUCAGAGCCGCGUGGAGAGGUGAAGCCCCUUUUUUACUUAUUCUUGCUUCUUCGGCGGGGUCGGGAAGCUGUUGGCCUCCGGCUGCUCUCGCCCUUCGAGGCGGCGGCUUGUGUCCCUCGUACGUUCCCCUCGCCUGACUUCGGCCAGAUCCUGCCGCCUCCCAUCGCCGCCGCCUUGGGCCUUGUGGUCCUCGGUGUAGCGCAGCUGCCAGGCAGCGAAACCCCAGACAGGCCUCUGUCGCGAGGGUUCCUCACUCGCAAGCGACCGUGCAGAUAGGAUAGGAUCGCACGUGUACCUGGGAGUAAAACCCCAUGGAGUACAACGGGGCUGACCGUUGAGAGAAUAUGCAGCAUAUUUAUCAGUUAUUUUUAAUGGUGGGUUCCCCCACCCCCUGUUUUUGUAGCGGUUCUUAUUUUUAUCUGUAAUCCCUCUGGGGUGGGGGGAAUGUGUUGUUUAGUCGUGUCCGACUCUUCGUGACCCCAUGGACCUGAGCACGCCAGGAAUGUAGGGCAUAAAUAAAAGAGCCAUUUGGCGCCUAGAUUAUAUAUCUGAGUUUCUAACACUCUGCUCUGUUGAACAUAGCCGCCCCCCAGUAAACGUACAUAGUUUUUCUCUGCAGGAGGCUGACACAUUAUACAGUGGUACCUCGGGUUACAUACGCUUCAGGUUACAGACUCUGCUAACCCAGAAAUAGUGCUUCAGGUUAAUAACUUUGCUUCAGGAUGAGAACAGAAAUCGCGCUCCAGCGGCGUGGCAGCAGCAGGAGGCCCCAUUAGCUAAAGUGGUGCUUCAGGUUAAGAACAGUUUCAGGUUAAGAACAGAUCUCCGGAACGAAUUAAGUACGUAACCAGAGGUACCACUGUACCAAUGGUCCAUCUAGUUCAGUAGAUGUGGGGCCCUCCAGGUGUUAAGACUUAUAACUUCCACCAUUCCUGAGCAACAACCACGCCGACUUGCAGUCAAACAACCCCUGGAGGUCAUCACAUUGGUAACCAGAUGGCUAUGUUGGCUGGCAGUGGAUUUUCAUAGUUUUAAACCUAGAUCUUUUCCAGCCUUGGAGAUGCCAGCGACGUUUAAACUGGAAUGUUUUGCAUGCAUUCCCUUCCUGUCUCCUGUUCAGAUCUCCCCCAGUUGUGAACUUAAAGCUGUGACCCACAGCUGCUGUUGAGCUGAAACUCCCAAUAGCCCCAGCAGUCUUAUAUAUGCUGACUUGGGAUAAACGUCUCUAACGUGACUGCCUUCUGAGUAGACGUUUACACCGUUAAAUCAUUUGAGAGUCUUUCUCUAGUUCCAUUAAUGCACACUACCAACUCCGUAGGAUUUACUUCUGAGUUUGCAUUAUGAAGAUUGAACUGUUGCGAACAAGUGACAGAAAAAAGAACCUUGUUGCCUUUGAAUCAGACCUAGUGUGCAAUCUGAUAUUGCCUAUCUGCCACUGUAACAUGAACUGGAAUAAAAACUAUUUGAAUGCAUCUGUUCACAGGGGACAUAAAUAAUGUAGGAUAUAGAACCCUUUCCACAUAGUCACUGAUUAAUUAAAAAAACUUCGUGCAAGUACACUUAAUACCGCAUUUUGGCCAUUCAGCAGCUGCUGCAAAAGUGGGAGAGGAGCUCAGAAGCACUUAAAGUAGCUGAUGAAAUCUGUGCUAGAAAGCCACUUGAGUAAAUGGUAGAAGUGAAGGACUAUUCUUAAGUCUGAAGGUGAUGCUGGCAUAUGGGUUUGCCCUAAGGCCACCUGCUUGCCUAUUCCUUCAGGAGGAGAACUGUGGGAGUUAUAAAGCCACGGUAAAGGCUUGUAAUAUUGCAGGGUGCCCCCUGACCUCGGCUGACCAGCACUCUGAGCUUUACAAUGUAUUGGAAUGUAUUGACCUUAAAUGGAGUUGUGUUUCCUCUGGGCAGUGAUGACCCUAUAUGGUGAUGGGGGCAAUAAAAGCCUUGACCGGAUGAGGUAACGUGAGACAUUGGCAAACGGCCAUGCGGCUGGAGAGAGACAAAGGAUAAUAAAAAAGUUACCGGAGGAGAGAGAAGUUCGAAAGGAGCUGCUCAUACCAUCAUGAAAAUAUUGCUGGCUCUCUGUGUCUUUAUUUUAUGCUAAACUGCGCCAUUUGUAACGGCUGGCUCCGACAGAGAACCUCUUUGCUUUUAUGAGCAACAUUUGCUUAAAAUUGUAGGCUUAUAUUUAUAUAUAAAAAUAUUACUACACUGCCCACUCCCUUAAAAUAUUGAUGCGGUUUGCAACAGUGACCCUGCUCCUUCACAUACCCUUCUUUAGAGUUAGAAGAAAUUGCAGUUGGAGAGGCUUGGACCUUUUCUUUACUUAGGCAAGAGUGGGCAACCGUGGAGCCCUAAAGCACUGCAUGCAACAUUAAAGGCCUCAGAUGGAGAGCAGGCCUGGCAGUGGGAAGGACCAGGGACAAAUCCCCACUCCAGCAUUCCAUUACCCUGAAUCACUCUCAUUCAUAGCCUUCCUCCCCUACAGCUCCCCUUCCCUGUCAUCUAACUUAGUGGUUCCCAGACUUAUUUUCCACAGACCACUUGAAAACUGCUGAGGGGUCUUGGCAGACCCCUUAAUUAUUUUUCUGCCUGUUGCAGCAACUGUGUUUUUUAUUGCUCCUUUUGUAUAUAUUCUGUGGAAUUCAAGCUGUAAUACAGGGGUCUGGAAACCAAGCCUUAUGAGGAAUGGUUGAGGGAGUUGGGUAUGUUUAGCCUGGAAAAGAGGAGACAGAGGAAAUAUGAUAGCCAUCUUCAAAUGUCUCAGGAAGUACUUUCUGGCAGUAAAAACUGUUUGACAGUGGAACAGUCUCCCUCAGGAAGUGGUAAACUCCUUCCUUGGAGCUUUUAAGCAGAGGUUGGAUGGCCGUCUGUCAUGGAUGCUUUAGCAGAGAUUCUUGCAUUGCAGGAGGUUGGACUAGAUAACCCUUGGGGUCCCUUCCAACUCUACAGUUCUAUAAUUCUAUGACAUAAGAAAUGAUGCAAUAAAGAUACAAUUAAAAACCAAUCUGAAUGUUUAAUGUGAUGGGUAUGCCAUCUCCUGACUUCGACCACAAAUCCACAGAUCACCAGAAUGAAGCUUACAGUUUGGGAACCUCUGGACUGGUCAAUAAGCACAGGGGAUAGCUGAAGAAUGUACAGAUCAGCUAUUUCCAGUGCCAGUUGGCUGGGAUGGAGUCCUUUAGAGUCCCAUGGGUUGUCCAUAUGCCACUUAGGGAGACCUGUUAUUAAGAGCCUGAGGCACCCCUGAGCUAGGAUUCUCUGAAAUAAAGGGUACCCAUUAAUUUGAGGUGUUGCCAUAUUUUGAAGUAAAAGGCAUUUGAGCAAUUGUGUCCCUGAAAGGAGGUGAAACAUGCACUAUGCAGGGUUGUGAUUAAUCGGGCUGUACAUUCCCUUGGGGCUUCUUGUUCAGUGUAAUUCUGUUUGUAAUGCAAUUUAGCAUUUUGCCUUUUGUGAUUCUGUUCAGAUAAAAGAUACAGAAAACUUGAGGUGAAGGAGUUUGUUGCCCGCUAGAAGAUUAAAAUUAAUAGGACUGGAUGUUUCUAGAGCUGCAAUCUUGCAGCUUAAUCAGGUUUCUUUGUACAUUAACUUUCCCAGAACAUUGCAGCUGUUUCAGCCCAGGUGUUUUCUGUUCACAGUCGUGGAGAAAGGGAGCAAUUUAUAGACAGGCAGAAGCUGCGGGAGUUCCUCCACCUUCCUGUGUGGUUAUUCAUCAACCAUAACUAUUUCUGUUGCUCCCAUAUUAGUUCUGCAUAUUGGGCGACUCGCUAUAAACCAGUAGUUCUCAGUUGUGUUUCAGAGAAUCCCAAAGCUCAUUGGGAUUCCAGGAUUUUUCCAGUGAGAAGAUCACUUUCUUCAAUGCCAGCUUUGCCAAUCCAUUCAGUCUUCCUGCUUUAAUGUGAAGCCACAAAGAGCAGUCCUCUUCUUUGAAAUUUAAUCCAAAAAUGGGUCUUUGAAACUUGCUGUGAAUCUUGCCCUCAUUUUCCCCACCCGAAACCCAGUCAUGCCUUGUCCUGGUGUUGUAGCUAACUAACUUUAAUGCAAGUCUAUUUUUAAAUAUCAGCAUUUCUGUAUUGCAGGAAGUUGGACGAAAUGACCCUGAGGGUCCCUUCCAACUCUACUAUUCUGUGAUUCUUGUAACUUAUUGAAGGGUUUUGUUAACAUGGAUCUUGACAUUUGAACUUGUUCUGUGAAGUGUUUUAAUUAGUGUUGCUAAUUAAUUAAAGUGUUUUAAUUAGUGUUUUCAUUUAUUAGUUGCUCUUUUCAGAAAGGUGAAACUCAAAGUGACUUACAGAAACAAACAGUAAAUAAAAACAUGAAACCAAGAGUAAAAAUAAUCUAAAAUGCUUACCAAUGAGAUAUAUAUAUAAAAGAGCAGAUCCAGCUCAACCCUAUUCCACUAAGUCGAAAAAUUGUGGAGCAGUGACCUGAGUGAAUAAGAAUGUGUUGUUGUUUUUUUGCCUGGCACCUAAACAUGGAUAGUGAUGGCACCAGGUGUAACGCCCUAGGGAGAGCACUCAACAAGUGGGGAGCCACCACAGAGAAGGCCCUUUCUUGUGUUGCCACCCUCAAAGUGUUCUAAGAAUAGAGUUCAUAGGGUUGUUGUAUUAUGCUUACACACAAGUCUCAUGGGUUAAUUUAUUUUUUGCUUGCUAUUUGUUUUUUAAUUAAUGAUUUAACAAAGAAAGUAUAAUGGUGGGAAAGCAGGGGGGGGGAACUAAGAGGGAAGAGGAGAAGGGAAAAAACCUGAAACAAUAAGCUGAUAUUAAGAUACAAUAACCGCUCAUACAUCCAUCUUAAUUUAAACAUAUACAUUAUAAAAAAUCAUCCAAAUAUCUAGAUAAGUAUCCACAUAAAAUCAAUGCUGAUAAAAAAAAUGGCCUCAAGUGUAGCAAGGCCCUCAGAACAGGUUGCCUAACUAUCCAUAGCAUGAACUUCUUAGCAGAAACCUAUACAAAACAGACGCUAUGGGAAUCUGAAAACGCUGUUGGUUAAGAGGCAAGUGCUUGAUUAACAAAAAAGUCUUUAAUUGGUUGACAACCCUAGUUAAGACUAAUGAUGAUGUUUACUGUGGUGCCUGGUGAUGUAGCACUGAAAUCAGUUACCUGCCGGUGUUUAUAACUCUUGUGUUUAUUAUCCAGUAGCUCCUUUUCCUUCUAAUCGGCUUUCUGUGCAUUUUCCCAUCCUCAUCCAGCUAAAAUCAAUUUCUUUAUUGGGCAUCUGUUGUAAACUGUUGUCUUUGCCUCAUUUCUCCGAUUCUGCUAUCAGACUUCUCAUUGGAAUUGGCUCCCUCUCCCUCCAUCAUGAUAAUUCUGUUGAAAUUGUUUUCACCAAACGCUGUUCGCCUUCCGUCUUGUCUUAAUAAGGGUUAAGCACCAGGCAAUUGGGUUUCAGUGCCCAUUGAGAGCUGGCUGUUAGGCCAGGUGAGCCAGAAACUCAGGCGUAAACCACAAACAAGGAUCAUGGGAAGGUACACCAUCAAGGGCAAGCAGCGGGCAUGCAUUCAUUCAUUUAUUAUGUUUGUAUACCACAUUUUCCUCCAAGGAGCUCAAGAUACAUGGUUCUCCCAUCUCCCUCCCCAUUUUAUUCUUACAACAACCCUGUGUGAGGUAGCAUAGGCUGAGAGACAGUGACUGGUGCAAGCUCACCCAUUGAGCACUGUGGUUGAGUGCGGAUUCAAACCCUCAUCUUCCAGGUCCUAAGCCAACACUCUAACCCAGUGUUUCUCAAACGUGGGGUCCCCAGCGGGACUACAACUCCCAUCAUCCCUGACCACUGGUCCUGCAAGCUAGGGAUGAUGGGAGUUGUAGUCCAACAACAGCUGGGGACCCAAGGAAAGUGUUUGGAUUGGCAUAGGCUCCAGAAGCAUUGGUUUAAUACACCACGCUGUGCUAAAUGCCUUAUGGCAGAGGUUUUCAACCUUUUUGAGUCCAUGGCUUCCUUGACCAACUACAUUUUUUUUGUGGGACCCCUGUGGGGCUCAGGAGCCCAGCUAUGUCACCCCUUGCCCGCAGAGCUGGCAGCCUCUCACCCUUUUUCAAACACCCUCCCUUGUGGAGUGUUCUCUCAGCCUCCUCUCCCUACUGCUUGGGAUUCCUCCGGGCAGCCACUGCUGCCACCCCUAGUCUCUGAGCUGCCUCCCCGCAACCCCCAGCCAGCCCCAAGAGUCCCAGAGGCACCAUUCGCCUGUGGAGCUUAUAGCCAGGGCUGCUGCCAUAAACAGUUGUGCAACCCUUUAGGAGUCAGAGAUGCGAGAGGGCAUCAGAGGAGGGAUGGAAGGAAAGAGGGACAGAGGCCAGUGUUGCUCAAGGCACCCCUGACCAUCAUUCAAGACACCCUGGUUGAAAACCACUAUCUUAUGGGGAUGAUUUGACAUUGGGGAUGCAGCAUAAAUCAAUCAGUUAGAUUAAUAGACCUAAAGCCUAUUAAGAUUUCUGUUAAUAAAUCUAAAAAUAGUGUCCCCAAUUAAUUUGGCAGCUGGGGUUUCAAAAACCAUCAUUUUUAAUGCAAAAACGGCAAGUGGCAGGAUUGUCUUAGAAGAGACAUUCCCCCUUUCCUAAGAAGGCAUGUGCAUGCAUUUGUCCAAAGAAAACAAGCAAAAUGUGCUUCCUUUUCUUCUUCAGAAGUAUUAUAUUAUUUACCUUAAUUUAAUUUAUCAGCUAGCAUUUCUUUAACUGGGUGACAGCCCUGUUGGUUAGGUUAACCUCUCUUUGCUUCUCUCCCCAGGCUGCGCCUUGAUUCCAGGGUCUGGAGUCAAUUGUCAGUAUGCUACCUUGGCAUGUGCUUUCCAGACGCAUUGCUACAUUUCCGGCCCCCGCGACGUGACCGUGCAGCCAUGCAGGCGCAGCAGCUUCUUCAAUAAAUGUAAGUCUUGUAAACAACAGGUGCUGUGGCUUAGAAACAACAUUUGCGUAGCUUUUCUCCCCUCUCAGGCCACCGUCCUGUAUCCAUUUAACCUGUCCAUUGAAGCCCUUGAAACUGAGCCUACCUAACUGCGUACCAACUUGAUUUCAGUAGGAGGGAGUUGAACACAUACUUAGGCUGCACAUGUCCUGAUGUGCUCGCUCGGGACUUCAUGUCCUCCACGGAAACCAAGAGACUGUCUUAGUGCAUCAGGGGCCUAGCGUGCGGCCAGAGAUGAAAUUGCUCAGAUUCAUGCAGAAUUGGAUGCCAAAGUCUUGAGGAAGCAUCCAAAGCACCAUCUGGUCAGGUUAUUGUGGAUCAGUUUGAUUUGUGGCAGUCUGAGAAUGUGGAGGUGCUAGCAGCAAGAAUAUUAUUGGCACAAAAAUGGAAGCAAGAAGAAUUACCGAUGAAAGAAGAAUGGCAGAUGAAAUUGAUGGACUAUGCAGAAUUAGAUAAAUUAACAGGAAGGAUUUGAAGCCUGUGAGACCAGAGAUUCUUAGAAGACGAGUAAAUAUAUGAACGAUUUGAAAAGUAACUGUAAUGAACAGAUUAUGCUAGUAGGACUGCAAGACGUUUUGUAAGGAGGACUAUCUGAAAUAUUGCAAGAAAGACUAUGAGGAGAAUUAUUAGUUAAUGAUAAUUAAGAGUAAUAGAGAAAUUAAGAAAUGCAGAAUAAGUGAUAAAGAACAAAAAAAAAUCAUCAGAGGUGUUGACGGAAGUCUAAAAUAUUGUAUAAGAUACGAAGUUAUGUUAUAUGAUUGUUGGAAAUGAUAUGUUAAAAAAACCAAUAAAAAUGUAUAAAAAAAUUAAAAAAAGAGAAUGUGGAGGUGCUAUAAGCCCCUAAGAAGACUUGUGUGGGCCCACAAGGGCUGAGCAACUAUCACCCAGUCACCAAUAUCCCCCUUUUAGGCAAGGUGUUGAAGUGGAUAGUGGUGAUCCAACUGCAGGCACGUUUAGAUAAUUUACCUGGGCCCUUUUCAGUCUUGCUUCAUGCCUGGAUAGGGUACCAAAGCUGCCUCAGUUGCGCUUGUUAAAGCCCUUAGGAGACGGACAGAGAAGUGGUUUUCUUCGACCUUUUGUCAGCUUUUGAUACCAUCAAGAAAAGUACUGUUGGAUCAGGCCAAAAGCCCAGCAUCCUGUUCUCACAGUGGCCAACCCAGAGGAUUAUGGGAAGUCCAGAAGCAGGACCUGUGCCACAACACCCUUUUUUUUAUUUAUUCCCAGCAACUGGUAUUCAGAGAAUGCUUCCUCCAACAGUGGUGAGAGAACAUAGUCAUAAAUAUAUAUAAAUGCAGUAAGUUGAUCCCAACUCUUUAUUUAUUUGCUUAUUCUUUAUAUUCAGCGUGGUUCGCACUUCAAGACAAGGGUUGGGAAUCAUUGGCCCUCCAAUGAUUGGUGUAGCAUUGGGGGGGCAGAGGGGCAGUGUCCCCAGGAGCAAAAUUCUGGAGGGGCGCAAUGCCCAUGCCCCAUGUCUCCUGGGCUUCCCAAGCCAGAAGGAUGAGAAAGGCACGCAGCCACUGUCACCAGCAGCCAUGUGCCUUGCAGGUUCCGCACACCCCAUCCUCUGGCCGGCGCCUCCACCCCAGCUGCCCAGUCCACUAAGGGGGCACAACACUUUCCCCCCUCCGGGCAUCAGCAGCCCACGCUACACCACUGGAACUUCAGCUCCCAUCAUCCCCAGCAAGCAUAGCCAAUAGCCAGGGGUGAUAGGGGUUCUCCUGCAGCAACCUAUAGUGGGGCAAAGUUUCCCCACACCUGGUUUAAGAUAACAUUUAUUACACCCAGUACACAAGUGUGAAGGGAAGAGGAAAAGAAGUGCAUGGAGGCACCUUUGCAUGUGAUUGAACUUGGAGAGGAGGAGCAAAAUAACAGAUAGGUCCCACCUGAGCUGGCAGAGAAGAAGAAGAAGAAAAUUGUAUUUAUAUUCCGCCCUCCCCAGCCGAAGCUGGGCUCAGAGCGGCUAACAACAAUAAAAGUACAGUGGUACCUCGGGUUAAGUACUUAAUUGGUUCCGGAGGUCUGUUCUUAACCUGAAGCACCACUUUAGCUAAUGGGGCCUCCCGCUGCUGCCGUGCCACCGCAGCGCGAUUUCUGUUCUCAUCCUGAUGCAAAGUUCUUAAGCUGAAGCACUAUUUCUGGGUUAGCGGAGUCUGUAACCUGAAGCGUAUGUAACCUGAGGUACCACUGUAACACAGCAUUCUAAAAUCAAUUCAUUCUAAAAUUAAUUCAGAAUCAAAUUAAUGGCAACCAUUGGGCUAGAAUUCUAUGAGAAUUACCAAAGGAGGGAGUCAGACUGUGCCUUGGCCAAAGGCCUGGUGGAACAGCUCUGUCUUGCAGGCCCUGCGGAAAGAUGUCAAGUCCCGCAGGGCCCUAGUCUCUUGUGACAGAGCGUUCCACCAGAUCGGGGCCACGUCCGAAAAAGCCCUGGCUCUGGUUGAGGCCAGCCUAACCAAGGCCGUGCUUUGGAUCGAUUGGAUAAGCCCUCCUGGAUCUGACCAAAGCCUUAUCUGGAAGCAGCAUCCUGUUUUCGGAGUAGCCAACCAGAUGCCUAUGGGAAGCCCUCAGGCAGGACUUGAGUGCCACAGCUCUCUCCCCCUAUAAUGCCCCAGCGGCUGUCAUUCAGAGGCAUGCUGCUCUUGGGAGGUAGCAUCCAGCCUGGAGGUGCUAUCCAGCCAUCACAACGUGUUAUCAGUCUCUUGUCACAAUCUGUGCCCUUUUGCUUUGUGAUAUUUAACCGUAAGGAGCCGAAUGCCUCGUGCAUGCUUUGCUUUCCAUGACGAACAUUUGAAGGCCCUCUUCUGUGUCCCUGUGGCUAGUUAAGAGCUCAAGAGCUGGGAAUUUGGGGGAAAUCACACAAAGUGAUCAAUGUCCUUUGACGCCGGCUGGGCAGUGUCACGGUAUGAGGUGUUGCAGGAGACUGGAAGGAGCACUUAGCGGCAUUGUCACCACAAGCUGUGAAUUGAUUCCUUUCUGUUUCCAUUCCUUUCUGCCUUGACUGUGGAAGAUGGAGAGGCAGCAGGGUUGGGGAGGGAGCAAGGCUGCUCCCUUUUAAGAAGUGAUGGUUCAUGUGGCUGAUGGGAGGAGAGGAAAAUAAGUUAGAUACAGGAUGCCAGGGGAGGUGAGAAGAAAAUAAGAGUCCCUGUCUGGGUUCGGGUCUGAGAAGAAACUGUUACUGAAAAGGAAGCUGAGCAAAGAAUAGAUGGAGGAAAGCUGUGGACCAAUUUGCAAGUAAUUUUUGACACAGGCUACCUCAGUGCAGUCAUUCUCAGUCUGCAUACGUCUCUGCAGUCACAUGGAGAAAGACCUGUCUGGACCUGGCCUGAGCUUUCUGGACCUGCCCCCUCAUUAUAGUAAUCUUAACCUUGAGGAGGGGGGACAGAGGGCAAAGCCAGUUAGGAGGGAAAUUCAGCAGAACAUCUGCUCUGCAUGCAGAAGCUCCUCUGCAACUCCAGGUGGGGCUGUGAAUGCCCUGCUUCUGAUAUCCUGGAGAGACACUUCCGGUCAGGGUAGACAGCAUUGAGCUAUAUGGACCAAUGGUCUCCAUAUGAGGCAGGUUCCUAUGUUCCCAUGUAUUGAAGUUGGUAGCCACUCAUCUGCUCAACUGCAGCCCAUCUUCAUAGCCGUGUUUCCAGACACACACUCAUGAUUUGGUAGGCAUUCAUAUUCAGCAAGCCAUGAUGAUGAUGAUUCAAGAUGGUUAUGAAGAAGAUGUGAGCUUUAUCCAUCCAAAGCAUUAAUAGGUCAGGCUACAGACCCAAGAUGCCCAUGACCUCGUUUUUGAUCCCUGCAAACGGUCUCUCGGCGACACUUCAACACUUUCUCAAGGCACAGUCGGCUUGGCAUACCUUAGAUUAAAUGACACCUGAGCAUGUUUUCCCCACCCCACCCCCUUGAAUUGCUGCUGUUAAGAAUUUGGAUGAGUUGUGUGCAAUAUGUGUUUCAGUGACGGCUGAUCAGCUCUGGAAAGGCGUUUUGGCAGAGAGCGGUGCCAGUGGAAGGAAAGGAAGAGGGAAGAGGACCAAGAAGAAGCUGAAGAAGGAUCUCAAUAGAGGCCAGAUCAUUGGCGAAGGUAAAUCCACAACAUAAGCAAGAGGCCAGAAACGUCUUCAUUCAUAUUGGGUCCCUGUAAGAGUGAACUCUAGUUCCACUCCCAUCAGCGCUCAACACCAGGCUGCUUAGAUGUGAAAGGGAGGUAUCUUCAUGCUUGGGGGGACCCCAGAGUUUGCAGAAGUAAUACAUAUAAAUAAUUUGAAACCCUAUUGAGGGCACACACACACACACACACACACACACACAACCAACCAGCUCUGGGAGGACAUAGUUAGCCACAGAAUGCUAAGUCUAGGAGGUGUGUAAACAAGAAAGUAAAAAAUACUCUCUGUGCAAAUAUCUGAUUCUGCGGUGUGCACAGCGAGGUUUGGGUACUACAGUGGUACCUCGGUUUACAAACACAUUGGGUUACAGACUCCACUAACCCGGAAGUAGUACCUUGGGUUAAGAACUUUACCUCAGGAUGAGAACAGAAAUCGCACAGCGGCGGUGGGAGGCCCCAUUAGCUAACGUGGUAACUCAGGUUAAGAACGGUUUCAGGUUAAGAGCGGACCUCUGGAAUGAAUUAAGUUUGUAACCAGAGGUACCACUGUAAUUCCGCAUGUUUGUAUAAGUGAUUUUUUUUCACAUAGCGAAUGUUUGUAAAGCGAGACCUGUGCGUACUGUAUUUUUAUUUGUUUUGAAAUACAUCCGGUCCCCCAGUCCCAAAAUGGGACACCCCCACCCCCAAGUUGGCUAAAUAAAUGUUGCUUAUUGCUUUUGGUUUACUGAGUUCAUCCUCUUCUGUGUUCUAUCUCAGUGCACACUGCUUUGUCAGCUGAAGCAGGUUAUAUAUCCACAAACAGAGAAAUAAAAUGUAUUUAUUAUCAAUAUACUUAGUGCACGCUGUUUUCCUUAAUUGUAGUUUAGCUCCCCACCCCAUUCAUCCUAAAAAGCAGUUGAAUCUUAACACCGGACGAUGCUUGUUGUACAGCUUCAGCUCAUUUCACGGUUACGGCUGUGAUCUGGGAAGUACCCUAAGUCGUUCUUGUGCUCUCCAUCUGCCUUAGGACGCUCAGGUUUCCUCUGGCCUGGCCUCAACGCUCCGGUACUGAAACAAGGAGCGGUCCAGACCAUUGAUCAGCGGGAUAAAGAGGAGCAGGAGAAGGUGCAAGCAGAAAAGCUCCGUCUGCGGGAAGAGUUUGACAGGAAAAGAAAGAUAAAGGUGAAGAGGGAGAGAGGAUGGACUGGAAGAUCUUGGGGCGGUAUCAGCCUAGGACCCCCGGAUCCAAGUCCUACUGGAGGUAAGAUAACUAGGUGCAUUCUAGUUGUUUUAUUUGUGCAUUUCAUAAAACUUAUUCCGUGCAUGUCUGUGUAGCUCAGUGGUAGAACAUCUGCUUUUCUUAAGGCACUAUUGGGGUUGCUAAUAACUCCCUUAAGAAAAGGUUUCUAUAAGCUACAGCUUGAUCAGGGGUGGGGAACCUCGGGUUCAGGAGGUUAUGUAUGGCCCUCCAGGCAUCUCUGUCCAGCCCUCAAGACUCUCUUCUGUUAAAUAAAUCAUGAUACAGUGUAAUGUGUCAUGUGUUGUUGUUCGUCCGAGGUUGCAUUUACCUAAUUUUAAGGCCUUCUAAGGAACAGGUGGUUGUUAUUAUGUUCCAAUAUGUAAAAUCACAGAAUUCAAAGAGGGGGUACUUUCUUUUUCGCAUGACUAUCAAUUGUCAUCUGAACUUAUGAGUACAGUGGUACCUCGGGUUACAUACGCUUCAGGUUACAUACACUUCAGGUUACAUACGCUUCAGGUUACAUACGCUUCAGGUUACAGACUCCACUAAUCCAGAAAUAGUACCUCAGGUUAAGAACUUUGCUUCAGGAUGAGAAUAGAAAUCGUGCUCUGGCAGUGCGGCGGCAGCAGGAGGCUCCAUUAGCUAAAGUGGUGCUUCAGGUUAAGAACAGUUUCAUGUUAAGAACGGACCUUUGGAACGAAUUAAGUAUUUAACCUGAGGUACCACUGUAUCUUAAAAAAAAUAUGUGAACAACCUGCCUGACUGCUUAACACAGUUUGCAAUGGACAAUUGAAAAAUAUACAGAUGAAACAACACCAAGAAAAUAUAAUAACAGGAACCUAGGAAGCUGCCUUAUACUUGGCCCAUCUAGCUCCAUACUGAAUACACUAACCGGCAGCUUUCCAGGGUUUCAGGCAGGAGCUAUCCCCAGUCCUGCCUGGAGAUGCCAAGGUUUGAACCCGAGACCUUGUGCAUGCAAGCUCUUCCACGGAGCCGUGGUCCUUCCUUCGUCAGCCUAAAGAGCCAUAGAAGGCUGUACAGUGACUUGGGCAGUCGAUCUGUUUAACGCAGAAGUACUUCUCUGGCUGGCAGUGAUUUUCUAGGGUCUCCGGCAGACAAUUUAUCUUCUUGAGCUGGAGGUGCCGGGGAUGGAACUCAGGGGCGACUACAUGCAAAUCAUGCGCUCUUCUGCUGAGCUAUGGUGCUUUGGGUUCAGAGAGGUUUCUGGCAUUUUAGAGCGAUGUGUCUGAUGUGACAUGCCGCUUGCCAUGCUCUGCCUGCCUGCCAGUGGGAGUUGGCAGCCUUGCAGAAUGCUGUCCUCAUUUCCAGCACAUCCACUGCAGCCCCAUCACUUUCCUGGAGCAAGUCCCUAACACCUGCAGUGGGCAGAACUGGGUGGGUAUGGGUGCUGUGCGGCAAGCAUUUAGAAGCCUGGUCUGUGCAAAGUACUUUGGCUCGGCGCUGUUCCCUUAACUCUGCAGAGAUGUUGCAGUGAUUGCAUCUGACUGAUUACAGGCUCCCCACCCCUGGCAGCCUUUUCAAUUGAAAUGCAGAGCAAGAUGGCUGUUAACUCUGAGACAUGACUUGAUUUGAAGUGCCUGGGGUGGUCGUGCAUCUCCCCCCCCCCAAAAAAACCCCCCCACAACUUCCCUCUGUCGCUGUGCGAGCAACAUGUGUUGGAUAAGACCUGAGCCCGUUUAUUUGUUUGAUUUGAAUCCUUGCAAACCGUUUCAUAGUUGGUCACUCAGCGUGCUCGUUUCUAAAACAAUACCCUGCUGUGGUGUCGGCCCGGUACAUGUGAGCCGUUUAUAGCCUGGCUGCUCCUGUUAGACCUUAAAACACUCCGCGAUCUACGCCUGACUGCUCAGCCAGCUUACGGUAUCCCUUUGGCCGAUAGCGUGUGCAAGGAGGCAGCUCUAAAUUUAGCCGAAAAUGUCAUUGUCUGUAUGCAAUCUGUUCGCUUCCUAACAUGGCAUGCUAGUUUUAACACUUUGCAGAGCUUUUAGCAGUGGAAAAUCAGCAGGAGAAGCACAGUAAGAUUGGGACUCACCACAUUCAUAAAACUGCCUUCCUUGUCUCUCCCGUUCUCCUUCCCUUUGCCACAAAUGCAAACGCACAAGCGGAGUUGAAAUUUGGGCCCCAUCUUCUCUAUACCUUUUUAAGCACCAUUAUGCCACUUCAGAGGGACGCGGGUGGCGCUGUGGGUUAAACCACAGAGCCUAGGACUUGCCGAUGAAAAGGUCGGCAGUUCGAAUCCCCACGAAGGGGUGAGCUCCCGUUGCUCAGUCCCUGCUCCUGCCAACCUAGCAGUUCGAAAGCAAGUGCAAGUAGAUAAAUAGGUACCGCUCCGGCGGGAAGGUAAACAGCGUUUCUGUGCGCUGCUCUGGUUCGCCAGAAGCGGCUUAGUCAUGCUGGCCACAUGACCCGGAAGCUGUACACCGGCUCCCUCGGCCAAUAAAGCAAGAUGAGCACCGCAACCCCAGAGUUGGCCAUGACUGGACCUAAUGGUCAGGGGUCCCUUUACCUUUACCUAUGCCACUUCAACAGUCAUGGCUUCCCCCCAAAGAUUCCUGGGAACUGUAGAUUGUUAUAGGUGCUGAGAGUUGAUAGGAGACCCCUGGUUCCUUCACAGAGCUAUACUUCCCGUAGUGGUUUAAUAAUCAAUCCCUCUUCCCUGGGAACUCUGCAUGGCCUGAUCAUGCUUGAAUCAGACCUAGGCGAGGUAACAUCUUUAUGCAGCUAUAUUAUAUGGAGAUGAUGCAUUUAUGUGUAUGUGAGCUGUACAUCUCUGACUCGCAUUUUCUUUACCGACAGAAACAUACGAAGAUUUCGACUCCAGAGUGAUUGAGGUAAGCGCUGCAAAACAUCUGCAGGGAUUCGCACCUUAAACACAAAAUGCUUCUGGUCUUACCGUCCUUUGACUAUAACUCACUAAUAAUGGGAGCUGGGGAAUUCUGAAGUAGCGUUAUUACAGCUGUGAAGAAAAGUGUGCUAUUCCUUUGGCUCUGCCACAGCGCCCAGUUCAAAGGACUCUUGGAUAGAGUUCAAAGGCUGCAAAGCUCCAAAGUCAACCAUUAGGUUAGCCGCUAGAAUUAUAGAAUUGUAGGGUUGGAAGGGACCCAAUAAUCAUCUGGUCCAAGCUUGAGAGAAAAAGAGGGUUUUCUGCAAAUGUUUUUUCUAAUUUACGUUCUUUUACCCCGGUAACGAAGCCAUGAACAAAACAACUUUUGACUCUCUGCUCUUGGAAAAGCAAUAAGUAGCUUGGAAUCCAUCCCACCUUUCUUUUGCCUUGUUUGCAUAGGUGUAUUAGCUAGGGAUUUCUUCUACCUGGUGCAUUCAUGUCAUCCAGGGACGAGGAAUUCAGACCCAAUAACCAAAUACAGCCAUGCAAGCCUAUUUGCCUGGCUCUGUGGACUCUCUUCAAACCACAUCUCUUUGCCAGCCAUGCCCCUCUCUUACGCCUUCACACCCUCCUUUGAAAAAUUAUGUGAUUUUUUAUAUAUAGACUUUUUACAAACUAUGCAUUCGGAGGAUUUUAUUUUCAUUUCCCAUGCCUGGUGUGUCAUAUGUCCCUGACGGACCCUCCUUUCACUUUCAGAAAUGCUUUUUUUAAACUUUCAGUGAGUGACCACUUGCCCCUGUUCGAAUGCCGAAACAUUGCUUUUGUGUGGCAUCUAAUCGUUCUUUUGCCCAGAGCCUGGAUUCGAUUUGCAUGUGUAAUCUAUGGGAAUUUGCAGUUAGUCACAGCUCCUAUAUGAUGUACUGGUAAAGGGACCCCUGACCAUUAGGUCCAGUUGUGGCCGACUCUGGGGUUGCGGCACUCAUCUCGCUGUAUUGGCCGAGGGAGCCGGCGUACAGCUUCCGGGUCAUGUGGCCAGCAUGACUAAGCCGCUUCUGGCGAACCAGAGCAGCGCACGGAAACACCAUUUACCUUCCCGCCGGAGCGGUACCUAUUUAUCUACUUGCACUUUGACGUGCUUUCGAACUGCUAGGUUGGCAGGAGCUGGGACUGAGCAACGGGAGCUCACCCCGUCGCGGAGAUUCGAACCGCUGACCUUCUGAUCAGGAAGUCCUAGGUUCUGUGGUUUAACCCACAGCGCUACCUGUGUCCCCCUGUAUGAGGUACUUGUUAGCAAACGUGUACAUCAUAGGUGUACUCCUAAAAAAGUACACUGUGUGAGGGUGUUCCUAUUGCCACUAGCUCAUAGCUUAGUAUUAGUGAAGAUACUCAUAGGCUGCAUUUCAGAUUUCGUAAAACAUUUUGCAGCCUUUCUGAACCUGCUUUCUUUUCUGUCGCCUCUUCAGAAUGUGUGUUGCGAGUUCUCUUUCGAGAGCAGCUUGAAAUUGCACCCCAUACGCAAUUAACUUUUGUAUUGAGGUCAGCAGAUUGUUGAACCCAGGCUUAGAGCGUUUUCAAUCGCGUGCCAGUUUUCGCUUAUCGUUACUGGGAGGAAAGCCGAGGUGCUCGCCGAAGGCACCUAGCAACAACUCAGAUCACAAUUCCACGUGGGCUGAAAUUUGAAUUUCAAAGCAGUAUGAGUAUCCUCCGGCAGCGUUUCAAUUAUUUCUGGGGUGGGCAGAUGGAGGAAUUGCAAUAAGUGAAAUGCAGGGUGCUAAAGGAGGCCUGGCACUUUAAUUGCACUUUCAGUUCUGUAACUACAGCGUAAUGUGCUGCACUUGGUUCUUGUUAGAGCUGGUGGAGUGAGUAGAACUGAUUGCCACCAGUAGGCUGGCAUGGGGUGGAGACUCACAUAAGAAGAGCUUAUGGGGUUGCAACUCUGGGGUUGCAGCGCUCAUCUCGCUUUAUUGGCCGAGGGAGCCAGUGUACAGCUUCCAGGUCAUGUGGCCAGCAUGACUAAGCCGCUUCUGGAGAACCAGAACGGCACACGGAAAUGCCGUUUACCUUCCCGCCAGAGCGGUACCUAUUUAUUUACUUAACUAAAUGAAACUUAACUAAAGAAACAUUGCCACAUAAAAACCAGCUGCUAAAAAAUACAAGGAAAAUCCAUAGUAAAGGACUAAAUCCAAGCAUCCACGAAAGAUCAGGAAGCAAAAUAAUUAAAAAUGAAAAUGAGAUAAAAAGUAUAAAUUUCACCUUUUUUUAAAAAAAAAAAAACCCGAUUCACAAUGAAGCAAAAGAAAAUCAACUCAUUCUUCCCCACCACCACCAAUCAAUCAAUCAAUCAAUCAAUCAUCCCAUUAUCGUGUGGCUAUCAGGAAUGUAGAAAGAGACAACAGUUAAUGUUGCCUUGUCCUGUGUGUGAACUUCCUGUCCAGGGUACAAUUCAACACAUCCUUAACCUUCUUUCUUGCAAUGCGUUGACUUUAAUGUUACGCAGGUGUAACAUUACUGAGGCCCAAUUUGUGGGGUGGUAUUGCAACUAAGUUUUACUCAGCGUAGACCUGUUGGCAAGUACAGUCUCAAAAAGUAACAUUUAUAAAACCCUCAGUACUGUCUUUCUCACAAAAGUGUUUUGUCAGUCACACUAAGCAAUUUUCCUUUCUUUUUUUCUGUGUAAAAACAUUUUAACUUGCAUGUUUCCUUAGGGACAACUCAAAACAUCAGUUCUGAAAAGACUGUGGGUGAAACGACCCACAGAAAAAUGCAGGAAUAUAUAUAUACAGUAUCGCAAACAACGAAUUCAGGCGUCAAUCAAAAAGGAAUUGAGGAAUAAUCAUUAAAUUCCCAUCUUUGGGGGGUUAGUUGAGGGAGUAUCUCAGAAGAACAAAUCCAUUCACAAAAAUUAAUCCUGUUAUUAAUUUCUGGUGAAAUCUGAAUUCAUUUAUCUGCCCACUUAUCCCUUCCUGACCAGGCAAAUAGGUGAAACAGACUGGAAGUUGUGGACUCCCCUUCCUCAGAGGUUUUUUAAGCAGAGGUUGGAUGGGCAUCUCUCAUGGAUGCUUUAACUGAGAUUCCUGCAUUGCAGGGGGUUGAGCUGGAUGACCUUGGGGGGCCCUUCCAACUCUGCGAUUCUAUGAAACCGCUGUGACAUUAACAUGUGAGAGCGCUGGAGGUGAAAUAGUUAAACAGGUUACGCAAUCAGAACCCAGGGGGGUGGAGUCAGAGGGACUAUAAAACCAGCUCUGGGAGGGGUGAAGGGGGGAGUUCGUUGGGAGGUUGGUUGGAGUGGGAGUGAAUUGGGAUAGAGUCUGUGGGUAGGUUGAGUUAGUGUAGCGAAAUAAGCUGAGUCAGGAACAGUUAGGGGCUAGGAAGACAAGUAAAUAUCUGAGAGGUGGUUUAGUGAGUGAGAGCAGGUAAUGGAAGUUAUAGGUCUGGAUAGGCACUCCAUGAUUGCAAUUGUCCGAUACUGUUUAUGAAACCACACGCUUGUUAAACUGCAAUAAAUAAACAGAAGUUUAUGUUCCAAUUUCACCCUGACUGGACUCAGUAUUGUACCAGGUAGGGCCUGGGUGGUGGCAGCGAGAAAUAAAGUGGUGGCACAGGGAUCAAUAGACGGUGAAACAUCCGGGGACCCUGUGUGAUCGCCACAACCGCUGAAAUUGGCAUGCCUCCUUCAGCCUAAGGGUGGGAGCAGCUUAUAAAGAAACUUAUUUUAACGUGGAGGGAGCUUUAGCGGAAAGAUGAGAGGAAGCUGGGGGGAGGGGGAGAGUUCAUGUUCAGUCCUUAAUCUCUCAGGCAACUAAGCAAGCUGCUACAUUUUCUUCCCCAGAGGUUUUAGAAUAGCAAGUCGCUUCCAAAAGAGAGGGGCUGUGUUGUGCAAGAUGCUCAGGGCCACAGAUCUUUUAUUGCAGAUCUGCUCUAACUUAGUCGUUAUGAGAGCUUAGUCGUUUGAGACCUAAUUGCCUCUGAUGGGCAGUGAAACCUCCCCCCCCCUUUUUUGUUUUGUUUUAUAUACCUGUAGAGAAUCCUAUUUUUAUUGCAACUGUAAAGCUGGGUUUUAUUUUCCACCCUAAAAAAAAUAAUACAAGACAUCUCGGGCUGAGAUGCUUCGGUUUUAAGAUUACUGCGUGCUUCUCUCCAAGUAAUAAAGAAGGGUGAGUAAUGGAAAGUGACAGGUUCCCAAAUACAAAGGGAGUGAGCAACAGGCGUACGGUAAUACAGGGAUCUAGUCAACUGUAUGUGCCAUUCUUUUUAUGUUUUAAUCGCACAAAGAAAUCCAGUCCUGUAUCUAGAGAGGUGUCAGAUCCAUUGCCGCCAGCAGAUGAUAAAUAAGUAUCUGAGCAUCCAUUUCUGAUUAGAGAGGAGCAGCACAGGAAGUUUAGCGAGUUUAGGCAAUCGGUCCAUCUAAAUCAGUAUUGUCUACACUGCCUGGCAGGGAUAGAGCAUCUGCUUUGCAUGCAGAAGAUCCCAGGAAUGUCCAGGGUGAGGAAUUAACUCUUUAUUGUCAAAAGCCAGGUCCCAUCACCUCCUGGCAAAUAGAAGGGGAAGAAAUGGAGGCAGUGAGAGAUUUUACUUUCUUGGGCUCCAUGAUCACUGCAGAUGGUGACAGCAGCCACGAAAUUAAAAGAUGCCUGCUUCUUGGGAGAAAAGCAAUGACAAACCUAGACAGCAUCUUAAAAGUAGAGACAUCGCCUUGCCAACAAAGGUCCGUAUAGUUAAAGCUAUGGUUUUCCCAGUAGUGAUGUAUGGAAGUGAGAGCUGGACCAUAAAGAAGGCUGAUCGCCAAAGAAUUGAUGCUUUUGAAUUAUGGUGCUGGAGGAGACUCUUGAGAGUCCCAUGGACUGCAAGAAGAUCAAACCUAUCAAUUCUUAAGGAAAUCAGCCCUGAGUGCUCACUAGAAGGACAGAUCCUGAAGCUAAGGCUCCAAUACUUUGGCCACCUCAUGAGAAGAGAAGACUUUCUGGAAAAGACCCUGAUGCUGGGAAAGAUGGAGGGCACAAGGAGAAGGGGACGACAGAGGACGAGAUGGUUGGAUAGUGUUCUCGAAGCUACCAGCAUGAGUUUGACCAAACUGCAGGAGGCAGUGGAAGACAGGAGUGCCUGGCGUGCUCUGGUCCAUGGGGUCACGAAGAGUCGGACACGACUAAACGACUAAACAUUGUCAAAAGCGCACUUACAAGUGAUCGCCAAAGGAGAAGAAGAAGAGGAGGGGGCGCAGCAGGAGGAGGAGGAGGUGUGGAAGCCCUUGAUUCCACACCAGCCUAACCUCCCCCUCCUCCUGCACCUGCUCUCCAGGCCUGCAGCUUCUCCUGCCUCUGACUUCUCCCAUGUCAGUCUCAAACCCUGUUUCUCCCAGUGCCCACUCCUUCCCAGGCACCACUCCUCAGCGUCCAGCCAUUCCCUGACAGCAGGGAUAGGAGAGACCCUGGUCUGAAAUUCUGCAGAGUUGCUGCCAAUCAGUUUAGACACUACUGACCUAGGUUGACCACUGUAUAAGGCAGUUUCCUAUGAAUCGUAGGGUGAAGAGGAGGACGGCCCCUUUGUGGAGCUACAGCGCACAUUGGUGAGGAGCCAUGGCAGUUAAACAGCUCUGAAACUAGUCGGCGCAUAUAUUAUUUUCAUCAUGAUUGUUUAUUUCGUUUAUGAAUCGCUUCCCGUGAAGCACCUCAAAGCGAUUUCACGGUGCAAUAAAAUCCUAUAGAAAGCCAUUUCUUAUAUAAAAAAACCAUUGCCUGUGUAAAAAAAAAAAAAUGCAGUUAAAGCCAUUGCAUAUAUGAAAACAGCUUCAAAUCCAAUGCAGGUAGAGAGUGAGAUUUUAAAAAUCUCCACUUAAGAGGCUUGUUGGAAAAAGAAGGACUUCAGGGGGCCUCUCUGAUGUGUAAACGGGAAGGAGGGCUUAAGAAUAGGUGCUGUCACGCUAUAGACCCAAUUCUUACAUCAUAAAGGAAGGAUGAGGCGGUAUCUGCAGGAGGUCCUCUCCUGCAGAGCACAGCUGUUGGUUGGGAAUAUAAUAAAUGAGACAUUUCUUUUGGUAUUUUUGUCCCAAGCUGUAGCAGCACCAUUAGCCUAGCUUGGUAUCUAAAUGACACAUGUGGACAUGUUCUAAGCAGAAGUUUGGAGGAUGAUAUGGAGCAACAUGCACACAUUUCUUUCCAGCAAGCAUCCUGUCCUUGGAAGAUGGGUGUGAUCAGGAAACCUUGUGGCAAAUUAUGCAAGCCUCUUGUUCUGUUCAGACUCCUUCCCAGUUGCGAAGUGGCAAUUCCAGUGCACCUAUGAAACUCCUUCCUCCACCCUCACGGGCAGCUCGACUUCGAGAUUGAAGUUUAAAAUUUCACACCAAGCAGACGACUGCUAGAUUAUAUUAAGUUAAUAAAGAGAGCUGUAACACACUGCAGUGUCUUGCCACCCUGCCCCAAUGGCAAUUUCGUUAGAUUUAAAUAGGUGCGGCAGGGCUUUUAAGAACGGCAGGGGGCAUGUGAUUUUCCUCGGGUUCCUACGCUAUUGGCAGGCAAAGCAUUAUGUUUCAAAUGCCUUGGGAACGAGACAUUCGCCAUAGGCUGCAGCGGGUAAUUAAGAAUCCUCUACAGUAACCCAAACCUCUGCAGUAAAUGUGUGCUCUGUGCUCUAGGUUUCGGAUAAUGCAUAUGAUAAGGUGGUAGGAGUUUGCACACAAUUAUCUGGGGUGGGGAGGAGGCUUCCCUCUCAACUUGCUUGCCUCCAUUUCUGUUAGCAAGGGAAGGGGAGCACACCAGAGUGCUUGAAUUUUGGCCUACGCUAAUCAGUGUUUCCCUGAAAAUUAAUUAUACCGUAGAAGAAACCCCUUUGUGAACAAAGAUGCCAAAGCAGCAUUACUAGUGUUUUAUGAACAAAGAAUCCUAAUGCUAUCCUUCUGUAAACACUGAUUAGCACGUCUAGCUCGUGCAAGAAGAUAUUAAUAUUUGCAUGCAGGGUUGGUUGUCGUCGCUGGCGUCUUGUUACGUUUUAAACAGCGGCAUGAACUCUUCUCUAAUUUGUACCGUCAGGCUUUUCUCAUUUGUGGCCCAGUGCGUGUGGCUUCGCCCUUGAGCCCCUAAAAUAUGACUCAGCCACAAACGUCCUCGCCCACCCUUGUGCCCAUGACAUAAAAGUAGCGCUUGAUGGUGGCUUGCAAAAUUGCAGAGCUAGCGAUUUUAAACAGCAGCUGAGUGAGAGUAGCAAACUUUAAUGAAUAGUAAGUGAGCCAGUGUGUGGAAGGAAAGCACAAAGAAGUCCCUUGGGAUUUUGCUCAAAGGCAAAUGAAAGGAGAGUAUCCUAAGGACCUGGAGCUAUGUUGAGCAAUUAAGCAACUGUCCUCUUAGCAAUGGCAAAUUUUGAAGCUGGCAUUUCCUUGGCAGCUGGGCUUAUCUGCUGUUCUGCAAAAGCAUUUGGUGACCGCUAGCCACGAUGGUUAUGUUUUACCUCCCCUGUUGAAGGCAGUACACGUGACUCCUCGUUUGGGCUCUGGGGAGGGUCUCCUCGCUCGCCAGAGGUGCCACAGAGCUUUGUUGAGGCUCUUCAGGUCUCUCCCCCCACCCCGCCAAUUUCCUGUGCAUAUGCACAGUUUUGUUCGGUUUUUUACUUUUUUCAUUGUAUAGCCACUUCUUCUUCUUCUUCUUCUUCUUCUUCUUUGGCGAUCACUCGUAGCUGAGUAAGAUUGUCUUCCAUAAAAACGGUUUUAACAAUGAGUCCGUAAGUGGCUGUGGAGGCCAAUUCUGGAUCCACACGUCCUUCCACAGUGGGGACAUUGGUUUGCAGAUGGGAGUUGAUCAUGGUGUGGAUUUGCCAAGCGUGCCUUCCUCUUAGCACGUUUCUCCCUUGAGUCCUGAGUUCGAGCGUCUUCAAAGCCCAUGACACCUUUGGUAAAGGCUGUUCUCCAACUGGCGCGCUCGCAGGCCAGUGUUUCCCAGUUGUCAGUGUUUAUGCUACAUUUUUUUAGAUUUGCCUUGAGACAGUCUUUAAACCUCUUUUGUUGACCACCAGCAUUACGCUUUCCAUUUUUAAGUUUGGAAUGGAGUAGUUGCCUUGGAAGACGAUCAUCAGGCAUCCGCACAACAUGACCAAUCCAACGAAGUUGAUGUUGAAGAAUCAUUGCUUCAACACUUGUGAUCUUUGCUUCUUCCAGUACACUGGCAUUAGUUCUCCUGUCUUCCCAAGUGAUGUGUAGUGACCGCCAUACCCCCCAACACGAGGAGGAAGAGAAGGAGUAUUUUAGGGAUCCUUGUCCGCAUUCAUGUCACCAUCAUCUGAUUCUGUCCCAAUCAGAAUGAUAUUUGUAGAGACCACCACAAUUUCAUCUCAGUGUUGUAAUUUAACACUAAGACACUGUUAGGACUAAAAAACAAAAACUUUCAAACAUCAUAGCCAACCAGGCCACAUUUGCCUAUGAUUUCACUGAUGUAAAACCACAUUAGCACUUCAGUAGCCACCAAGCCAUUCCUUAGAGCUUCCUUGACAGCGAGCUGUUUGACUGCAUGCUCUUCAGCAAUCCAUGCCAUCAGUAGCCUUAGGAGUUUCAGCAGGAGUUGAGGGAGCCAGUACCAAAAAGUGGCCAGGCCAGGCUUUGAAUAAGUGAUAGCAGCAGAGACAAGCUUGGGCCCUUGGGUGAUGAUGGCCGUCACCAGCUUCUGCGCAGCCUGCACCAUCCCGAGAGCAAGUCCUGCGCAUGUGCGCAGUUGCGGGUGAAUUGAAGACAUGUAAUUGGGUGGAUGCCUGUAUGUCCCUGAACGCCACUCGCUCGGAAUCAUAAAUGGAGAGAAUGCUGUUGCACUCGGGUCUUGUUUUAGGGCUUUGCAUAGGUCACUGUGAGAACAGGAUACUGGACUAGAUAGGCCUUUGGCCUAAUCCAGCAGGGCUCUUUUUAUAUUCGUAUGCUGUAGUUGCUGCUACUAUUACAUUUAUAGCCCACUUUCGCCUCCAGGUCCCAGGGCAGGUCACAACACUUCAAACGAAUUACAGUCAUGGGAAUAGGAUGGGUCCGGAAAACCCCUAUCUGAGGAGCUAAGCGUUCACUCCCUUGGCCAUGUUUUGAGAUUUUGGGUCUUCUCUCUAAUGAAACUUCCAUUUGUGCAGAGGGUCUGGUGUGUGUGUCUGUGUGUCUGUGUGUCUGUGUUCUUUGAUUUUGCCAAAUCUUGAAGGCUUACUGCUGGUGGGAACAUCUGAAGGGCAGAACAGCAUGUUACGGGAGAAAUGGGAAUAAUGCUAAAAAUGAAUUCAAGCAGAACCCGCAAAUGGAGAUUUUCCCUCUGCAGGCUGUCUGCAUGGAGGUGGGAGGUGGGAAUCAAUUUUGGGGUAUGCUUUGAUUCCAAACUGUGCCUGCAGAUGGACAACUACAAAGGGGUGCACUGUCAGCUCCAAACAGCUGUGUGUGUGUGUGUGAGAGAGAGAGAGAGAGAGAGAGAGAGAGUGAGAGUGAGUGAGAAUGGUGUGGUGCUUUUGCUAGAGCUAAAUACGUGAGCCACAGCUAAAUCAAGAAUUUGGGCUGAGCCUGAAGUGCAGAAGGUGCUGAUUUGUUGGCUGAAUGCUCAGUAGUUGUACCAGGCAUGCCCAAUCCAAAGGAAGCAUUCUGCUGACCGAUCACAGGCGCUGACCGAUCACAGGUGCUGAUGUUGCCACCCUGUUUGGUUCCUCUGUGGCUCCUAAAAGACCUAAACAUUCCUGGCUUAAACUCCAGAGACUCUGAUUAGUUGAUAAUAAAACCUUCUGUUCAGAUCCCUCCAUUUCUCUUUUCCAUUGUUUGAAAUGGGAGACUGAACAUGCCAAAGUUUAUUGAAGGUGAUAACACGAAGCGGCACUUAACCUGCUUAUUAGUGUCAGCGAAAGCUAUAACCUGCAUUUUCAUAAUCACUCCUGCCUGCUUCCCCUAAUUAAAUAUAGAUUUCUCCCCAUGUUCUCCAGAAGGUGGAAUAAAAUAGUUUGAGCAGUAACCUUAAAGUAACCUUUUGCCGUCCAGAGAUGACCCUUUUAUAAACCUUGUUUCUCCCUUCACGUUUCUGCAGUGCUGGUAAAUUAAACCGUUUGCCAGUGUUUCUCAACUUGGGUCUCCAGCUGUUUUUUGUCAUAACAGGACAGCCAUGCCAGAGCCGCUACCAUAGAAUCGUAGACUUGGAAGGAGCCACAAGGGUCAUUUAUUCCAACCUCCUGCAAUGCAGGAAUCUCUCACCCAACAUGGGGCUCAGACCCAUAACCCUGGGAUUAAGAGUCUCAUGCUUUACUGACUGAGCUAUCCAUCCUUCUGCCUCUGAUCUUCACACCGUGAGACAUUAAAGAACCCUUAGGCUAUAUUUGCUGAGUUUAAAGCAUGGUGCCUGUUAAGAGAAAGAAGAAGAGAGUCGCCAACCAACACCAUUUACUGUUGACUCUGGGAGCCCUUCUGUCAGGAUCUGUGAACCACAGUGCCAAAUAGCAUAUGGCCUGCAUCACCUUCCUGGUGUGUGGCUCUCCUGUCAAAGGAGGAGGAUGAUAAUAAUAAUAAUAAUAAUUAAAAAAAAGAAUAAUAAUUAUAUGCCGCCCAUCUGGCUGGGCUUCCCCAGCCACUCUGGGCGGCUUCCAACAAAAUAUUAAAAUACCAUAAUGCAUCAAACAUUAAAAGCUUCCCUAAACAGGGCUGCCUUCAGAUGUCUUCUAAAAGUCUGGUGGUAGUUGUUCUCUUUGACAUCAGGUGGGAGGGCGUUCCACAGGGUGGGCGCCACUACUGAGAAAGCCCUCUGCCUGGUUUCCUGUAACUUGGCUUCUUCAGUGAGGGAACUGCCAGAAGGCCCUCGGCGCUGGACCUCAGUGUCCGGGUAGAACGAUGGGGGUGGAGACGCUCCUUCAGAUAUACUGGACCAAGGCCGCUUAGGGCUUUAACGGUCAGCACCAGCACUUUGAAUUGUGCUCGGAAACGUACUGGGAGCCAAUGUAGGUCUUUCAAGAUCGGUGUUAUGUGAUCUUGGCAGCUGCUCCCAGUCACCAGUCUAGCUGCUGCAUUCUGGAUUAGUUGUAGUUUCCGGGUCACCUUUAAAGGUAGCCCCACAUACAGCGCAUUGCAGUAGUCCAAGCGGGAGAAAACUAGAGCAUGCACCACUCUGGCGAGGCAGUCUGCGGGCAGAUAGGGUCUCAGCCUGCGUACCAGAUGGAGCUAGUAAACAGCUGCCCUGGACACAGAAUUGACCUGUGCCUCCAUGGACAGCUGUGAGUCCAAAAUGACUCCCAGGCUUUUUUUGGUCAGCAGGCUGAGCAGUUGUGGCAUGAUUAAAUGUGUAUUAAUAUUUUGUGUGUGUGUGUGUUUCUUCUCCUCGCCCACCCCCCUUUUCACAGCUCGACUAAGGUUGUUACACCACACAGCACCAUACUUAGAAUUCAUUGACUUGUAGAGUUGGAAGGGAUCUCAAGGGUCCUCUAGUCCAACUCCCUGCAAUGCAGGAAUCUGUGGCCCAACAUGGGUCUCGAACCCACAACCCUGAGAUUAAGAAUCUCGUGAUAACAGCUGAGCUAGGUACCAAAUGAAACCCAUAUAGAAAGCAGACAGUUUGAUUUUCCUUCAGCUGACAGACCAUAGCAAUGCGCAUGUUAUCCUCACCCCCUUUUUAAAAAAAAGAAAAACCAUAGCUUAUACUUACAUAGGCAGCUGUCAUAAGAACAUAAGCCAGCUUCCUGUUCUCACAGUGCCCGUGGGAAGCUCACGCAGGACCCGAGUGCGAGAGCACACUCCUCACUUUUCACAACCAGCAACUGGCAUUCAGAUGCAGACUGCCUCCCACAGCUGAUAUUUUCCUGUACACCCACUUUGUAUUCUUCAUAUGACAAUAUAUGUGAAUGAGAAUAUAUAUCUGUACAAGUUGCAAAAUCGAUAUUGCUUUGCAGUGGGGCAUUUUAGCUGCUUUUGUCUACUCCAGAAUGAGAGGGGGGGGAGGAAAUUCUGCCGGAGCUCAGUAGGUUAAAAAAAAAUUGCAUUGUUUGAUGUCAGGACAGUUGAUGUAGUAACAGUCCAUGGCUGCCUGUGCACAUUAUCAAGCUUGAAAGGCCUUUACAGAGUUUUAAGAGAGAUGUGAUGGGUCUGAUUGUGAUGGGUGACUGGGCACAUUUCCCUUCAGAGCUGCACAGAAACAGCUGACAGGAGUAAUUUUGUGUGUAUGUGGUUUUUCCCCUCCAGUAGCCUGACUCACUUCCAUGUGCUGCUGUUGCCACCUUCUGGAAAAAAGGAGGAAGCCUCGUUUUCCUGGAUUUGGAAGUAAGGAAACCCUACUUAAGAGGAAAUCUGGCCAGUGGUUAAGAGAUCAAGAGCGAGCCUUGGAAUCUGAUCCUCACAGCUGACAUAAAUUCUUCCUCAUCUGCCAUAACUGUGGCUAACAGCAGGCAGCUGGACCUCUUAACUAGGGUUUCCUAACCUUCAAACUGGUUGACAUGAAAAACUUGCUUAGCGUUAACCGUGAUUGACAGUGUCGCUUCCAAAAUCUGUAUUAGGGCAAAUCCUUUUAUUAGCGUAACCAGAAUGUUGCAGAAUAACGUGCAAGGUUUUGAGUUCUACAGAGUUCUUCUUUUGGCUAGAUGGUAAGCAAAGCAAGGGGGAAGUGGCCGAUGUUGAAAUUGUGGAGUUUGCAUCCCAAGGGCUGUGAUUGACUAAAUGCAAUGUUGGAAAGAGAUAGACGGUGUUCGUAUGAGGUUCUGUUAGGUGCUAUGCAGGCUUCUGGAUGGACCUGCAGAAGCUGAGCAGGAGGAACAAACAGAUGUUGUUUCCAAGGAUCAGUCAAAGGUUGAUUCCCCCACCCCUAUAUUUGAAAAUAUAAAAAUCUAGCUGUUCGCCAGGUCUGCUUCAAUUCUUAGGUUGUACACAUAGGUUUUUUGGUAGGAUGAGAAGAGGAGUAAAGAGAAACCAGGCUGCUUGUGUUAUUGUAGAAACUAGGUAGUUUUUAUCUUGUUGCAGUUGCUAUUGUGGAGUUAUUGAUGUAACCCUUGACUGUGCCUUGAGUUGGGGGGGCGGGUUUCAUGCUGGAGAGCCUGUGAUCCUCUGUCCUGCCCCCAGUCUCCUUUUGCUGUUCCCAAUCUCUUAGCCAGCUUUAGGAAAUCGAGAGCAGUACUCUUUUGCAGCGACCCAGGUUUGCAGAGAGCGGGUUUUCAAAAAGCUCCUUUUUCUUGCCUUGGGGGUUGUUUUCCUCCCAUAAAUCAGCCUGUGAACUUCAGAUAUCCACCAGUAAACACUUAAGAAAUAAAGGAUAAAAGCUUUCAUAGUAAUAAAACCCAGACUUCCCAUGGAUCUGGGUUUGUCCAGAUAGCUUAUCGGGAGAGCCAAAUGCAGACUCUCAAGUAGCAGAGUACUUGUUGAUUCAGCUGUGCUCCUGUUGAAACAGCACCGGUGAUGCAUGGAUCCCAUUGGCAAAGUUCAGCAGAUAAUAUCUGCUGAAAUCCUCCCUCGGGUUGAUCUUUUCCUUUACUUUUUCCUCCCUCCAGCAGCUACAAAAAAUGCACAUGCAGCCUGCUUCAUAUCAGUGCAUACAUUUAGGCAUGGUGCCCUGUUACGGCAUCUCUAGGCAGUGCAGAAUCCUAGAAACACAUCGUCAUCAAGAACGCUUCCGAUGUGCCGUGUUUUGAGGGGGAGGUGUUAACUUUAUGGAUACGGUUGCUGGGUGCUGGAUGAAGCUCGGGGUUUGGUUAGUUUAAUUCAGCUAGGAAAUGUGUCUAUUUAAUCUGAAUGAUUCAGCAAGUGCUCCUUCCAGUUCCAUUGCACAAAGGCUGGUAUUGGAAAUUGUGCAUUGCUGGUGAGUAUUCAUUUCUGAAGCAGAGAAGGUCCUAGCAUCCAGAUCUGCAGGAAGCAAAGCAUGUCUUACACUUGAAAAUAGAUGGGUAGUGUUAUAGCUAUCGGGUGGAGCAAUCAGGCAAGAUGCCUCACUGGUCUGUUCUAAAGCUUUAUUAUUGGUGCUAAAAACUUUUCCAAUGCAGAGCACCUCUAUUCCAUGUCUUGCUCACUCGCUAGCAGAAUCUGAGAGUGGGCGGUCCUUAAAUCUUCCCCAGCAGAGUAGUCUCUUGACCCCCAGCCUACGCCUCCCCUCUCUGCAUGAAAUCCUACUGCGCAAGGAAGGCUUGGGUAAAGGGGGACCUCCCUCCUCCCGCUUUGCUCAGGCAAGGUGUCCUGGCACCGCCUUGCAUCCUCCGAGCCCUGCAUCUCCUCCCCACUAGAGGCAUGGCUUCCUUCCUCCGCUGAGGAAGUGCUGCUUCCCACGAUUUUUGGGGGCUCUCUGUAAUCCAUCCGCUUCCCCCCCCCCUCACCCCUGAGCCGAUGGCAGUUCCCUGACAAGUAGUAACAGUGAGGUUCUUCAUUUCCUUCAGUUGGUGAGAGGGUAGUGACCAUUUUGGUUCAUGAAAGAUACUAGCAGCCUCAUAUCUACCAUUGCUUGGGAAACACAAAAAUCAGCGCAGUUCUGAAAUUGGUGGUUAAAAUCGGCGCAGUUUUGAAAGAUUUGGCCUGCCAUCUUGGUUUACAGUGGGGCCCACUUGUAUCUAAAUAUAGAGGGGAAACUUGCUGCUUUAUCUCAGGAACCAAAAUUCUCAAGAAGUGUCCAAAUACUUAGCCAACAAGCAGCCAACUUUCCAAAAUAUAUAGCAGAUGUGCUGUGCUGCCGAUUUCUCUUCGUUAUUUUUAUGCUCAUACAUGAAUGAAUCUUGGGGAAGGGGGAAAAUGAGUGGGUGGUAUUCAGCUAGGUUUGACAAAGGUUGGCCCAUUGACAUUAAUAAACAUUAAUAACAGGUCCAUUAAUUUCAGCAGAUCUACUCUGAGUAAGACUUCGCUGAAUGCCACCCAGUAUAUAAUGAUUAUAUGGGGAAGCAAAAAAUGCAGCUAAAGUAUUAACACUACUCAGAAAACCAAUACGCAACUUAAUUUUUACAAACAAUAAUUACGGCGUGCAAAGCUUUUAACUAUUAUGCAAGUCUGCUUUUAUAGUCCAACCUAGUUAAAGGCUUUGCUGUGUUCCAACUAUAUUAUAACUUAUCCUAAAUAUUAAGGAAAGAGAAAACAAACAACAUGAUCGCUACUUGCCCAAGCAAAGAUUCAAAGGAACCCGUUUCUGUGAGUUAGGAGAAGAGCUAAGAGAUGAAUGCAAGAUGCUACAAGUAAUCCAGGUGGAAUCCUGUGCUCAAUCCUUAUUAAGGGGGAAAGGUUGGAAAACUGAAAUUGUGAGUGUAAACCUCACCUGGCAACAAGCAAAAGCCAGAAGCCAAAAUCUCUUCCAAGUUGUUUACAGGUCAAAGCCCCAAAGGACUGGUUUGUAGGAGAAUGGCUACAAACAGCUUCAGAACUUGAAGGGACAGGUUCAAAGUAAGACAUCGUUUCAUCUAGCAAAAAGGCCUCAGAACAAGCCAACCUUGAUCAGAAAAGCUUGGAGCUAAGCAAAACGACAGACAUGCGCUCUGGGAUCAGUGAUAAAGGGUGGCAUAUAAAAUCUAAAUAAAUACAUUGUCUUUGUUGUUCUGGAAACCUGGUGGCAGUUCUCUAACUCCCAUCAGUUGCAUUUUAGCACACAAGUCUUUGCCGCUGCCGAUUCAAGCAGAAUCUGUCCUGCCAACUGAAAAAUAAAUAAAUUGAGAUCUCCUCCCUCAAAUGACACAGAACGUUAACCUGUCGCUGGGAGAGCACUCUAGGAACAUGUCAACUUAGAAAGCAAAAUAGAGCAGGGUUUGAUGUCUCGCCGCAUUAUUGUUUUUAUCCUGUGCAGUGAUAUUUCUUUAGCACACUGAUUAGAAAUGAAGUGUGAAGCUUGAGUGAAGUACUGCAGGGAAGAGAACUUCAAAUAUCUCGCAUCCGGUUUCUUUACCAAGCAGACGCCUUAGCAAAGAGAAGUUAUGGCUAACCAUUGAACCGGCCUCACAGAAAUCAAACGAAAGGCACCCACCAGCCUGCUCUCCUGCCCGUACAUCCAUGCAGGGUCCUGGAUGACUUUAAAAAAGAAUAGGAAGAAUUCUGUGUUGCAUUUAGUCUCAGUUCUGCAGGUGGAAUCCUGCAGCCCUUAUAAGCUGUGCAGCCGAACAGAUCUGAUUGUUUUCCCUUGCUUUUGUUUCAUUCUGAACUGAUAUGUUGGCGACCAUGAAAAGAGGUGUGUUGAAGCAGAGAUACGUUAAAGGGGGUGUGUGGAUGUGCAUAGAAACUCUAUGGAUGGUAAAAGAGCCAGACAUGUCCGUUCAUAUAAUUUAUUCUUAUGCCUCCAUUCCACAAGAUGGUAUCCGAAGGGGUUUACAGCAUCAAGUGGACAACUGUUCCCAGGUAACACUGUAAGCAGGUAGCACUAUGCAAAUAAAAGUUUUAAACCAGGGAUAGGGAACUUGUGGCCUUUCUGGUGUCAUUGGACUUCAAGUCCCAUCAUCCCUUGGCUGGGGCGGAUGGGGACUGGAGGGCCCCAGAUUCCUGCAUCCCUGGUUUAAACUAACCUAAUCAUUUAAUCUUAAAAAGCAGAGACAUCACCUUGCCAACAGAGGUCCGUAUAGUUAACGCUAUGGUUUUCCCAGUAGUGAUGUAUGGAAGUGAGAGCUGGACCAUAAAGAAGGCUGAUCGCCAAAGAAUUGAUGCUUUUGAAUUAUGGUGCUGGAAGAGGCUCUUGAGAGUCCCAUGGACUGCAAAAAGAUCUAACCUACCCAUUCUGAAGGAAAUCAGCCCUGAGUGCUCACUGGAAGGACAGAUCCUGAAGCUGAGGCUCCAAUACUUUGGCCGCCUCAUGAGAAGAGAAGACUAAACAACAAUCAUUUAACACCAAUAAGGAGAGAGAAACAAGGCCUAACAUGGAAAUAAAAUGCAAUGCACACAAGGCCAAAUAGAUCUCCAUACCAUUCUGGGAAGGCAGCAUAGGAGUCUCCCAUCUGCCUGUCCUCCCCCUCCCCAGACCCCCUCAGAAAAUGACAGUGCUCCCAACAACCCACCCAUAUCAAGAGAACUGUCAAAAUGAUGAAUCUUGAUUUGCAAAGAGGCAGCAUCCAUCAGAACAGUCUUACCACAAAUGUCCUCUUUUUAUUUUAACUUAUCAACAAUCUUAAACUUUGCCUGCAUUUUCUCUUUCUCUCUCUUUUUCAGUUGAAAAAUGUAUUUAAUAUGACAGCCAAGGAAGGAAGGAGAAAAUCUGUCAGUGCCCUGGUGGUGGUUGGAAAUGGAAAUGGAAUUGCUGGUAAGUGAGCACUUCAUUCUCAGGGGGCAGCUUUUGUUCAUUUCAUAACCGUAGCAACCCACUAUUUUUCUAUAACUUCUUUUCAGUUGUGUUUCUGUUUCUUUGGUGUGUGCGUCUCCAUCCAGGGUUUGUGCUCUGUGUUGGCCGCAGCCCUUGAAUUUGUGCUUUUGUCUAUCAUCUUCCGUAUCUCAUGCCCAAGUUAUUUUCGAUCUUCAUCACCCAAGGGGUGGAAGGGAGAGAAUUUCUGCAAGGGUGGAAGGAGAUAGAACACAGUAUUGCCUGAAGCGUGGAAAGGCCAAGGAACUGGUCAGGAGAGGAGGGUUUUGCCCCCGAGUGGAAGGCUGUUUCCUGUCCUCUGACUCGAAAGGACACUCCGGCCUUUGCAAUGCACAAAGUUUGGCUGGCCCUGUUUAAAAAGGCUGCUGGUAAGGGGGCUUUUUCCUGACUGUCAGCAAUUUUCUUUGGAACAUUGUUAAAUACGAACUUAGCAAGGAAAUAACACUUCUCUUGCAGCAGCUUCUAAAAUACACCAUCAGACACCAAUUUAUUUUUCCUCGGAGAGUAAGAAUCCAAUGCUGUUGCCAAGAUUACAGGCCAGCAGCAAAGCCACCCUCGUUGGCUGUGUUCUUGGGAUGUAGAUUAAUACAGGGUCCUUUGCUUUUAAUUUGCAGAGGUUGGAUGGCCAUGUGUCAUGGAUGCUUUAGUUGGGAUUCCUUCGUCGCAGGAGGUCCCUUCCAACACCACGAUUCUAUAAUUACGCUCUGUGGUUCCCGGUGGCACUCUGUUCCAUGAAAGCCAAGACUUGUGCCGUUUAAUUGCACGGAAAGUAGAUUGAUCAAGGAGCCAAGGGCACAUUUAGUAAGGUUUUUUCCUCCCUUUUGCUGAAAGCUGGCAAGCCGUUCCACAGACGGAAGGGAGAGGUGAAGACUUUCGUAACUGCCAUCUGAUUCCUUGAGCACAUUUCUGGACAGUUUUAGUGUCCUUUGGGGGGGGAAGCCAAGCUGAAAAUGCAAAAGCACUUCAGGACCACCACUUGCCUCGGUGGGGCAAAGUGCGUAGCUAUGAGGAGGCCUCCUUGUUCACAGGUGCUUUGCAGAUUUCCACAUGCGGCAUUUGUCUACUAACCAAUCUACCAAUUUGUUUGCACCCCUCAGGUUUUGCAUUGGGAAAAGCAACGGACAGGAUGAUUGCAUUGAGGAAAGUAUGUCCUUUUAAAAGUAAUAAUAAUAAUGAUGAUGAAGAUGUGGGGAUGCGGGUGGUGCUGUGUGUUAAACCACAGAGCCUAGGACUUGCCGAUCAGAAGGUCAGCGGUUCAAAUCCCCGCGACGGGGUGAGCUCCCAUUUUGCUCGGUCCCUGCUCCUGCCAACCUAGCAGUUCAAAAGCACGUCAAAGUGCAAGUAGAUCAAUAGGUACCACUCCGGCAGGAAGGUAAACGGCGUUUCCAUGCACUGUUCUGGUUCGCCAGAAGUGGCUUAGUCAUGCUGGCCACAUGACCCGGAAGGUGUACGCCGGCUCCCUCGACCAAUGAAGCAAGAUGAGCAUCGCAACCCCAGAGUCGGUCACGACUGGACCUAAUGGUCAGGGGUCCUUUACCUUUAAUAAUAAUAAUAAUAAUAAUAAAUAAUUUAUUAUUUAUACCCUGCCCAUCUGGCUGGGUUUCCCCAGCCACUCUGGGCGGCUUCCAACAGAAUAUUAAAAUACAAUAGUCUAUUAAACAUUAAAAGCUUCCCUAAACAGGGCUGCCUUCAGAUGUCUUCCUUCAAAUCUGGUCUUCCUUUACUUGGUAUUUAUGCAUAAAAUGCACACAGUGCCGUGGUUCUGUCCUGGCAUGAGAACAUACUGGGGGGACGGAAUGUAGCUCAGUGAUGGGAGCGCCUGCAAUGCUUGCAGGUUUCAAUCCCUAUCAUUUUUAGGUAGGACUGAGAAAGGUUCCCUGCCUGAGGCCCCCUGUCAGUCAGCGUAGAUGGUGCUGUAGCUAGAUAGACUAAUGAUCUGACUCGGUAGAAGGCAGAUUCCUAUGUUCCAUGUGAAGAACACUGGAAACUUAGGCCAGCAUCAAACCAGCUGGGGAUCUGUUGCUCUCUUUUGCCAAAGGAGGGCAUAGCUGUGUUGUAGAUUGCCUCCCUCCUCCAGUUCCUGCCCUCCCUCCAUGUAUACAAAAAAAAAAAUUGAGCUUGAGGAUCUGCUAUCCUUCGGGAGCAGCUUUUCAGGGGCGUGCUGGCAGCCAUUGAGGAGAGGAAAAGAAGCGGAAUCCCUGUUGGAACUGCAGGAUUUUUCCUUUUAGACCCCCAAAUAGCUGACAUUGCCAGUGUGGGCAGGUAGGCUGGCAAGUUUGUUUAGGCAUAGUCUGUGGUACUUUAUAAAAGCAUUUUGAUCCCUUUUAAUUUAUCAAACUAAUUACAUUUCAGGUCGGUACGUAAUUGGCAGAAAUAGCUCUUAUUUUUAUCUUAAAUUCGAUCUCGCCGUAAAAUGGAAACAGUCAUCUGACAUAAUCAUUUCUUAAUGAAAAGUGUCUUCUUGGAUUUCCCCCCCCAGGCGAAGAACAGAGCUAUCCACUAUUUGCACUAUAUCGAAAGAUACGAAGAUCACACAAGUAAGUUGCAAGAUUUUAGACUCUACCUAAGGUUUUAAAAGCCAGCUAGUUGCAUUACUUCUUCUUGUAGAAUUGUAGAGUUGGACGGGACCCCACGGGUCAUCUAGACCAACCCCCUGCAAUGCAGGAAUCGCAGCUAAAGCAUCCCUAACAGGCAGCUAUCAAAGCUCUGAUUAAAAACCUCCGAUGAAAAAGAGUCCAUCACCCUCCAAGGGAGUCCGUUGCACUGUCAAAAAGCUCUUACCACCAGAAAGUUUCCCCCCAUGUUUGGUUGGAAUCUCCUUUCUUGUAACUUGAAUCCAUUGUCUCAUGUCCUACUGUUCAGAGCAGAAGAUAUUUGAAGCCCUUUUGAUAUUUGAAGAUGGCUAUCAUAUCUCCUCUUUUCCCGGCUAAACAUACCCACCUCCCUCAACCAUUCCUCAUAAGGCUUGGUCUCCAGACCCUUGACCAUCUUGAUUGCCCUCCUCUGCCUACAUUCCAAUUUGUCAAUAUCCCCCUUAUUAAAUCGUGGUGCCCAGAACUGGACACAGUAUUCCAGGUGUGGUCUGACCAAGGCAGAAUAGAAUGGGACUGACUUCCCUUGAUCCGGACACUAGACUUCUGUUGACGCAGCCUACGUAGCUUGCCAUUCCUUUAGUCUGCUUGUCUCUAAAGCUCAAGUCCAAAAGUUUGAAUGAACAUGCAAAUCACAGAAUUGUAGAGUUGGAAGAGGCACCCCAAGGGUCAUCAAAUCCAACCCCCUGCCUUGUGGGAAUACUGGUCCAGUUCAGAUGCCGCUGUCUCAUGUACCAUACUCUGAACAUUUGGCACUUGAAAGUGAAUUGCAGUACUACUUCCAGUAUCAGUGGUAGUUUACCUCUGAAUGCCAGUUGCUGGGGAGUGGGCUGUUGCCCUUAGAUCCUCUGUCCAUGCUGAGCUAGAUGAGCCUUUGGUCCAACCCAGCAGCACUCUCCUUACUGUAACAUUUACCUUUUCUUCUAGUUUAUCACGAUAUCGCAAGCACUGUUAAGAAAACAACCAUCCGGAUGAAGAAGCAGAACAAGGGUAAGUAAAAGCUGCAACUGAUGGUGAUGAUAAUUUAUUAUUUGUACCCUGUGCAUCUGGCUGGGUUUCCCCAGCCACUCUGGGCAGCUUCCAACAAAGAUUAAAAAUUCAUUAAAAUGUCACACAUUAAAAACUUCCCUGAACAGGGCUGCCUUCAGAUGUCUUCUAAAUGUUAGGUAGUUGUUUAUCUCUUUGACAUCUGGUGGGAGGACGUUCCACAGGGCGGGCGCCACUACCGAGAAGGCCCUCUGCCUGGUUCCCUGUAGCUUUGCUUCUCGCAAUGAGGGAACCGCCAGAAGGCCCUCGGUGCUGGACCUCAGCGUCCAGGCAGAAGGAUGGGGGUGGAGUCGCUCCUUCAGGUAGAUGCGGAAUUUAGAAGUGUUCUCAUCCAAAUCAGUGUGGUCAGUCUUCUUUUCUUAACAUAACAUUUCCUGUAAAGUGAAACAGUCGCUCUGUCCAGAUUGAAGCCCAGCACUCUGUUUUUCAGCAUUUCUAAUCCCCCCCCCCCAUAAGCUCAGUGGGCAGGCAGCAGUGCUGAAUGUGCAGAACUUAGGUCAGGAGUGCUGUCGCAAGCUGACAAAUGGAAGCAUUAAGAAUUCCCAUAUGUGGAAGGUCGGGGUGGCAGUGGAAGUUUUAUUGCUCAUCCUUGCCGAUGCCUCGGGCAUCAUUCUGUUGACUGUGAACUCCUUCACCUGUGCAAUGAAACGAUUUUUCUCUUGCUGUCUCUUGAACGUUAAUUCUGCUCGUGGAAGAAGGAAAGAGGGGAAGGCGCCAAAUGCAAGAAUAUGGAGAACAAACCAGUAAAGCAGGGUUUAUUGAUCCAAUACAUUUUUCACCUUUUGGGGUCUUUCUUCUGGCACAACUGAUUUAGGUAUUUCAGAAAUGACCGAAAAAUAUAUCUCACGCCUUCCCAAAAUGUGAAGAGUCAUACGAACAGAAAGUCACACAAACCACACCAGUGUAGCUCUGAUUGUAAAGCAAGUGCCCCCCCUCCUCUUAACCUCACGAAAAAAUACUCCAGAGCAAAACACAGCCCUCUUUCCUUUUCAGGGUUGUGUGUCUGUUGUCAUUUUGUAAGGGAGCACAGGAAAAUGCAGCAUGUGACACUGGGUGUGGGAUUCAACUUCCCCGAGAAUCUCUUUCCCUCCUUGUUUUUUGCAGGGGAGUAAAAAGCCAAAUUCUAAUCCUUACGAUUGCAAAAAACAGACUCGUAAGCAUGUGAGCACUGCCUGCUGAAACCUCAGAUACAAGAGAGGUUGCUAAAUAAGAUUUCUAGUAGUUGGCCAUGGGUGGAGGGGCAGUUCUUAUGGCCUCCCCCAAGACUAGCGAAAGAACCAAUUGCGUAAAACGUCCAAUUUGUGUCAUUGCCACCAGUUGCAGAAUUCAGGUUUUCGUUUUCUUUUUUAAAUUCAUUUUUAUUAAAUUUUCCACUUUAACAAUCCAAUCAAAUCACAUUAAAUAUUCCAAAUUAUACAUAUCAAAUAAUCCAAAUAAUCUUCCAAAUUAUAAUUUUUUUAAUAGGACUUCCCAUGCUUCAAGUUCGGAGGGCUCUGAUCAUCUCAUAUCUCUACUGCUUUUCAUAGUCAUUUCCAAAUGGUUCCUCUAAUUCUUUCUGUUGUUAACCUGCAGAAUUCAGGUUUUCAUGGCACAGGUGUUGGAUUGCCUGGGGAGGAAAUUUGCACUGCGUAAGAACGCAAGGCGAGCCUGCUGCAUCAUGGCAGUGGCCCAUCUGAUCCAGCCCCUUUUUCACACGGUUGCCAGUCAGAUGCAAGCGGGACCUGAGCAUAACAUCACUCGGCUCGCUCAUGUUUCUCAGCACCUGGUUUUCAGAGGCAUAUGACCUCUAGCAGUGGAACUAUCACAACACACCCCCAUGAUUAGAAGCCAUUGAUAACAUGAAUGUGUCUAAUCGUCUCUUAAAGCCAUACAAGUUGGUGGCUGUCACUCCCUCCUGCAAUUCCGUAUUUCAGCUGUUCGUAAUAAUAAUAAUAAUAAGUUUUAUUUAUACCCCACCCUCCCCAGCCAGGACCAGGCUCAGGGCGGCUAACACCAGGUAUAAAAACAAUUGAUUAAAAUACAACUUAAAAACAAGAUUAAAAUACAACAUUAAAAUGCAGCCCCAUUGCAGUAGAAACUCAAAUCAAAAACUUUUUGGGGAUGAAAACGUAAAAUCUUUGCCAAGGCCAACUAUCCAGACUGGUCCUACGUGGGCCAGAAAAAAGCCAGGGAAGUCCCCAAGUAGGAGUUUCAUCACAGAAGGAGAAAGGAAAGAGGGGGAGGGGAUCAAGUGAAGAAGUACUUUCUUUUAUCAGUGUUUUUAGAUGGGUUUGGGUGCAAGAGGAAACCUCAAGUCUCCUUCCUUUCUGAAGCAUUACAUUGAAUUUUCCUUCAGAUUUACAAUCUGUUACCAUUUUAAAUGAGAAUUCAGGGGGCUGGACUAGAUGAUCGCUUGAGUCCCUUCCAACUCAACAAUUCCAUGGUUCUGUGCUGGGGUUUUCACUUAGAAUGACCCAGCCCUCUUUAAGUUGUGCUAGUUCAUGUGACUCAGGCCAAUAAAUCUUUAAAAAAACCCAAGUGUGAUCUAAUGCAUUUUAUUAAAAAGCCAUUAAGACAGCUCUUCGAGAUUAUUCCAGUCUGCAGGGCAAGCUGGGUGCUCAGUAAAUGGAGGAAAGGAAGUCUAUUAGCAGGCCACAGGCUUUGCUGUGCUAAUAUUUCCCUCUUUUUCCCUUCUUUCCACACCCCCCACCCCACCCCUAUAAUUGAAAAACAAGCGAUAGCCAUCUAAAGCCAUUUGCUCUGCUGUUUUGAGAAAGUAUCAAUUUCAUUCUUGGAGAUGGAAUCAGGUUUUCGACAUAAUUACGUCUGAGCGAUAUCUGAAAGGCUAUUUAUCAAGAGUUUCAUUUGGUAGCGGUCCCACAUUUGCCAUUUCGGAAGCACCGCGUUUUCCAUCCUUGGACUCAAAAACUGCAUUUCUGCGGGUUACUUCUUAGCGGGUGUGAAUUGGCCGGCUUGCACGGUAAACGGUCAGCUGCUGCCCCAGGUUACUUUGCGAUAGGAGCUAAAUAUUUGCACCUGACUGGAGGCAGAGGUGGAGCUAGAGGUUACGGAAAAUUCUUUUCUUUCCUCAGCACCGGAGGUAAAAAGGUAAAGGGACCCCUGACCAUUAGGUCCAGUCGUGACUGACUCUGGGGUUGUGGCACUCAUCUCGCUUUACUGGCGGAGGGAGCUGGCGUACAGCUUCCGGGUCAUGUGGCCAGCAUGACUAAGCCGCUUCUGGCAAAUCAGAGCAGUGCACAGAAACACCGUUUACCUUCCCACCGGAGCGGUACUUAUUUAUCUACUUGCACUUUGACGUGCUUUCGAACUGCUAUGUUGGCAGGAGCAGGGACCGAGCAACGGGAGCUCACCCCGUGGCAGGGAUUCGAACCGCCGACCUUCUGAUCGGCAAGUCCUAGGCUCUGUGGUUUAACCCACAGCGCCACCCGCGUCACAUUCAGCACCGGAGACAGCACCCAAAUUUGUGCAUUUGCCGCUUUGUACAGAUGUGGCAGGAAUGGGGGGUGGCCCUCCAGAUGUUUUCACAUUACCAUCCCCAGCCAGUAUGGUCAAUUGGUAGGAGAUGGCAGAGUUCAAGAACAUCUGCAAGGCCACAGAUUUCCCCCCUCUUGGAAUGGGGGCUUCGGUGUCCCGUUUACAUUGAGCGUGCUCUGUGUGUGCCACUAGGGAUUUCCUAUUUUCCAUUCAUAACAUUAUUCAAAUGAAGAGAGCAGUGCAGCCUUCACUCGUGUAGAGAUCAGUUGUGCACAGCAGAGAGCCUAGCUGAGAUUUGUGCCCAGGAUGCAUCAUUUUAAUGAGACCUUCAGGUGUCCUUUAAAGGACCGGACUGUUUUCACAGCCUGGCAAGGAGUUACUUUUGAAAUGAAUUAGGAUCCUAAGAAGAAUUGAAGAAGAAUUACGAUCCUUAAGGAAGAAUAGAUGGGUUCUUAUGCCAGACCAGGCUGCUUCGUCCACCUCCCCAGUAUUGUCCACUCUGGCUGGCAGCAGCUCUCCAGACAAGGUUUUUCUGCUACCUGAGACCCUUUCAACAGGAGAUUCUAAGUCCUGGACUUGGGAUUUCCUGUGUGUGCUCUGCCAUUGAUCUCUGUUUCUCUCUGUGUGCAUUGAACUGGGGUCUGCUUCUCUGCAAUUUCCAAACUGGUUCUAGUCCUUUCUGGAGCAACAGAGACCAAGUCCAGCCCAUCAUCUGCAUGACAGCCCUUCAGAUAUUUGAAGAGCGCUGCCAUGUUCUCCCCUCCCUUUUAAUUUCUUAUUUUCUUUAGGCUGAAGAUAUCCAGCUCGUAUCUGCCUGCUUCCCUCCAGCAGCUGUGCUGCAUUCUUCUGUCUCAUAACCAAAUCAUGCCUUGAAAAGCAAUCUUCAUAUCACCGGCAUUAUGGUACCUAACGCACAUCCCACAGCGCUUCAAUGUGAAAUAGUGGCAGCAGUGUACAAAACAGGGCCUAUGUUAUACCUAUCUCUGUUGGCUUCAAAGUGAUGGGAGGAGAGGCUUAGAGCUCCCUUCCCCCCCAAAGGUGAAACUGAAUUGCUGAAGGAUCCAGGUCUGAUGGCAAUUCCCUCAGCCUCCUGUAGGACCAGUUUUGCAGAAUAAAAAGCUUUGAGCAAGUGGCAUAUUCAGAUGAUAAAUGAAAGCAGCGCAGGGAGUUUGCUUAGCAACAGAGCAGUGACCAGUGCUUUCAAUAAUAAAUCGCCUUGCUCCCGUUAACAAGCACGUUGCCUCCCACCCAAAUGAAUGAAUGAAAUGAAUGCCAUUCAAAAUCCUGUCGCUUUGGUGGCAAGCUUCCCAUUUUAAGCUUCUUGAAAGCUCUGACCGCUCCUCAGACCUAUUCUCACAGCCUGCACUGUUCUGCUUCUCAUUUCUAGCUACCCAGACUGUUACCGAGAUCAGCUCAAUGGGAGUGUUUCCUCCGCCAAAGCACAGUUAUUUCAGAAGGGCAGUCCUGCUUUUGCAUCACUUGUGGCUGAUGUCUUUAAGUAGUGCCCUUAAUUGGAGGCCUAUAAAAACCUCGCUAUAAAUCUCACGUUGUGCAGUUGGUAUAAAUGUCUAGGGAUGAGGGGAAGACAUGCACUUAAUCUCCCUGCUGUGCAAUAUUUGGAUAGGUCUUUGCUCUCUCUUUCUCUCUUCCUUCUCUCCUACAGCUCCAGAAUAACACAGGUGAUACAAUGCACCGUGCCAUGGCCUUCUGGCUUGAAUUAAAACCUCAGGCCUUAAGGAAGAAUACAUAGUUUCUCAGUUCCUGUGGUUCUUGUUCUUUCCCUGUCUCGGGUCUGCUCAACAUCGCAGCCCAGUGCUGUGUGCAUCUCUGAUUAGGGUCUGAUUCUCUGAUAUGUAAGAAGGUCUAGUCUCCGGAGCUCUGCAAACUAUAUUUGGGCAGGCAGUGGUUCAGUGUGGACUCAGGUAUAAAUAAAGUAUGGUUCGCUUAACUGAUGUUCUGGCCCGCAGUUUAAACACUUGUGCGAAAGCGUUUAGUGACAGCAGGGGAGGCGAGAAGGUAAAUUGGGGUUGACUGGGCGGUUUCAUCGAGUUUUGGAGCCGCUGGCCAAUCUGUACCCAUCUCAGGCUCAGGUGCAGAUUGUGAUGGUUCAAACUGGUGUGAUUUGUAGUGUAAUUCCAUGCCGAAAGCAAUUGUUUAGUAAUUAUUUUACUGGACUGUUUUAAUGCUCACUAACUGCUUCCCCCAGGAUACGGUCUUCACUGCCACCGAGCUAUCAUUACCAUGUGCAAACUUAUUGGGAUUCAAGACAUGUAUGCCAAGCUUUAUGGAUCCAGGAAUUUGCUCAAUGUCACCCGAGCGCUCUUCAAGGGAUUAGCAAAACAGGUAAGACAUGCCCGGUCUUAUCCAGGGUGGCUCAUGUUUUGUUACAGUACAGUCCUAUGCAUGUCAAUUGGAGAGGCAAGAUUGCCACUUUGCAUUCUAACUUGCCCUCUGCCCAAAAGUUUGCUAUCCGUGGUUAAGAGAUGAUGCACUGGGGGUUGGGCUCAUGCAUUGCGUCAUUCUAUAAUAAACUGUUAGUACAACAGCCUGGCAAGAGGGGAGCAAAGCAGCUGCAGUUGCCUCUCUGGGUUUGCACUAAGCCAUGGUUUAGCUUAGUAUUGUGUGCAAACCAGUCCAGGGUCUGAGGGAUCGUGCACUCAAUCCUUCCUGAGAACACAGACUCUCACAGUUAAAGCUUAUUAGGACAUCAGCCUUUUUUUUUCUUUUUCUUUUUUUAAUAAUUUUAUUGAAAAUUUAAACAAAACGUAUUAUCCAAAAACAUAUCAUCCUUAAUUUUUCCCCAUUUUUCCUCCCUCCCCCCACCCUCCCACAUAAAACCCACCCACACCCACCCCACCCCCGACUUCCCUCAGUUCCAGUCUUUGGUUUCUCUAAAAGGGUUCCCAUUCAUCUUUAAAGUCACAUUUAUCCUUGUCCCAUAGCUUAUGUGUCAGUUUUGCCAGUUCUGCAUAGUCCAUCAGUUUUUCUCGCCAUGAUUCUUUAGUUGGAAUUUCUUCAGUAUUAGGGCAUCAGCGUUAAUCUUUAUUCAUGCUAAUUGAGCUGAUCACGAGACUUGAAAAAACAAGACCGAUUGAUUUUGAGUUUCUUGGCUUUCUUUCUGGUUUCAUAUCACCUGGAUAUUUUUAACUCAUUGUUGCAUCCAUGAGGGCUAGCAACACAUAUAUAUUUUAAAUAAUAAUAAAAUGUGAGGUUAUCUGUGUCUAGCAGGUGCCUGUUUUCUUUCCAAAACGGUUUCUGAGUUGCUGGAUCCUAAAGUGUCCCUUCUCUUGUUUAGAAGAAAAAGGUGACUUGCCAAUCUCGCCACUAAAGCCUUAGAUCCAACUAUGCAGAAUAUCUACAUAGUUACAGUUUGAAAUUGGAUGGAUCAGCCAGUGUGGUGUAGGGUGUAGUGGUUACGAGCGGUGGACUCGUAAUCUGGUGGACUCGUAAUCGUAAUCUCUCCGCUCCUCCACAUGCAGCUGCUGGGUGACCUUGGGCUAGUCACACUUCUCUGAAGUCUCUCAGCCUCACUCACCUCACAGAGUGUUUAUUGUGGGGAAGGAAGGGAAAGGAGAAUGUUAGCCGCUUUGAGACUCCCUUCGGGUAGUGAUAAAGUGGGAUAUCAAAUCCAAACUCUUCUUCUCCUUCUACUUGUGACUUAAAUGUUUGUCUUUCCUCUCCCCUCCCCAACUAGGAAACUCACGAAAACCUAGCCAAUAAGAAAGGCCUCUACGUCGUAGAAUUCUGUGAAGAACGCGGCCCGCUUCCUGUCGUCGUCGCAAAGCCCCAGGGGGCGAUCAGAGAAGAUCCGGAGCCCGAGGAUGAAGCUCUCAAUGUCAAAUUGGAGUUCAGUGAAGUGAAGGCAGCGCAAGGAAUGAAGAAGAACGUCUGGGCAAAUGUGAGAAGAACAGCUUCUUAGACCGGGUCCGUAUUUAGAUGCCCAAAAGCCGAGGAAGAUGUACCAUCAACACGGAGUCCUAGAAUUCAUUUCCAAGAUAAAUGCUGUGUGAAGGUUUCGUUCUAACUUAGGGGCUCAAAACAGCUUGGCUGCCUCUCUCCAGUGGGCAGUUCUCUGUUGAGUGCAAGCGACGGAUGCACUAAGGUUGCAAUUUCAUAACUGCAUUUGCUUUAUUGCGGCUGACCCGGGCCGUGGAGGGGUGAGAGAGCCUGCAACCAACAGGUCGCUUUCAUGCGUAACUUGGGGUGGGGGUGAACUGUCAAACAAUGUGGCAAAAAUAAACUUGUGACAAAAUCCAGUCCUGCCUACUUAUUUGUUUCACAGCAUUUAUAUACUGUCUGAUUGUUAAUAAAACCUCUAAGCGGGCCACGCACAAAAUUUAAAACUGUUGCUUAAAGACAGGCAUUGAAGACGUUUGCAAGAUAAAGUCAAAAGUUAGCAUUAAAAGAUUAAAACACAAGUCGGCAUUCUACGUUAAUUGACUGAACAAAAAUGUUUUAAGCCAGCACCAAAGAAAACACAGCAAAGCCCCCCACCCCCCGCCUCCUGUCAAUCGGUAGGGAGUUCCAAAGUUUAGGUACUGCCACACUAAAAAAACUAAUUGUCUCCUUGCACAG